UCUCUUUUCCAGGUCCUGGAUUGUCUCAAGGCUGCUUUGUGUGACUGGGGUUCAAAGUGCAACUCUGAUCGACCGGAAGGGAAGUUUCACCAGGCGUUACCCGAGCACCUGGUCUGUAACCUGAUUCAACCGACAGAGAGGAUUGACCCUGAUGAGAGAGAGGAUAUCCGGAUAUCAGCCAAACUGUUCAUCUGUCAAUCUGACUUAAGGACUGUUAAGGAGGCGGUGAUGUGUGCCUGCUCGGAGCUCGGGGUCAGUCAGCUGGAUUCGGUCAUUCUCUCAGUUGUGGCCCUGUCGGAGGAGAACCGGCCAACUCUGGAGGACCUGAUGCCUUACUGGAAGGAACUGGAGGUCUUGGUCCAAGGGCAGAAGGUUGCAUCCAUCGGAGUCUCAGACUUGGACCGGGAAGUGCUGGAGGCCUUGUGCCAACACGCUCAGGUACAACCCAGCAGUAAUCAGGUGAACCUGGCCUCUUGCUGUGUAAUACCACCUGACCUGGCUGCCUUCGCCAAAGACAAUAAUAUCCAACUGCUGACCCAUAAUGACCCCGCAGAUAUCCUCCCAGUGGGAUCUUUCCAGCAAGCCCUGCGUACCAGUCUGCAGGACCCUCGUGCUGAUGAGUGGGUACCACAUUGGAUCCUUCGAUACUCAGCGGUCAUUAAGGAGAGAGGAAUCAUCAAGUCAAAGGGUUACAUGGUCCAUGCUGAGAAACCAGCAGCAAGACACCAAUGAAGUUGCCUUAAGGGCAGUUGGAUUUGACGCUGCCCCAGUCUGGUUCUGACUCACUCACAUUCGGAAAGCUUGGUGCACAGGAAGACACAAGCUAGAAUCAGCCCUGAGAAAGGACAUUUGUGAGAAAUGUCAUUCUCCCCUCUCUUUCUUUAAGACUUGGCCCUUAUGUUUUCUUUCUAUGACCAUUUACAGUUACCGAAACUGCAUCUCAAAUUGUUUAUCGCAAUGGACGCAUCCACCGAAAGCUGGUUGCUACAACUCCAAUCGAGUGUUAUGUUGUUAAUCAGACUCACUAGGUUGCCACGUUAUGGGAUAUUAAAGCAAUUCUUACAUUUC